CCCCUCACCCCCACCCCAUCAAAUACCACCAAACCCUAAAGCCAACAAAAUUCAGUAAUUUAGAGACAUAAAAACCAUUCUCUCUUUCUCUUUUCUUUCUGCAUAUAUAAUUAUGAAAACCCUGUGUUUUUAAUUUGUGGCGUUGAUCGCAGCUCAGUCAGAUAUCAUGAGUAGUGAAAACGCGGCGGCGGGAAGCAGCGGCGGAAGUGCGUGGCCGGGUGCAUAUUCGCGCCGUAUUUCGACUCGGAGGGUGUUCGGAGCGAGCAACGUGUCGAAGCUCCUCCACCACAUCCCCUCGCACCAUUUGCUACGAGGCUCAGUCCCGCCUCCGCGACCCCAUCUACGGCUGCGUCGCCCACAUCUUCGCUCUCCAACAACAGGUGGUGAAUCUGCAGCAAGAACUCUCCUACCUAUAAGCCCACCAGGCGGCGCUGGAGCUUCCGACACCACCGCCGCUGCAGCCGCAGCAAUUGAUGGUUCCGGCGUCGCAGUCGAUACUGGACCUGCCACCGAUCCCGGCGGCGUACGACUUCUCGGCAAUGUGCGGGGAUAUGGUGGCGCCUCCCUCGCUUUGGAGCGUGUAUCCGCGGCAGCAAAUCGAUCAGCAGCGCCAGUUCUCCAACGCGGCCGUUGGAGGUGGAGGAGGAGAAGGCGGCGAUCUUCAGGAGCUGGCGCGUGAGCAUCUGAACCGGCACGCUCCGCCGAUGGUGGUGCGGUGCGAUGCGGGAAUCAAGCUUCGUCUUUGCCGCCCAACUCUAGGUAGAGGAGAGAUUAAUGGUGGAAAGUAAAAUAAUUGGGAGUGAUUAGUUGCUAAUCAAGUAGCUUAAUUUGCUCAACUGAAACUCGAGGGGAUUUGUGGUACUCCUACUUGUAAGUGAGUUCGUUUUGUUUUUAAUUUUUAUGGUCGAUUGAUCGAUCACAGUUUUAUUAACUUCUUGUAUACUGUUUAUAUUCCGUUUUGAAUGAUGAUUUCAGUUGCAUUUUUUGUUUAAUAUUUAUGAAUUGCGAUCAUGAA